AUGCCGGAACGCCCAGCAGACCAGCAGGUCGCCGUCGCCCCGGCGGACGUCAAGGCCCGUCUGAAGGAGUCCUACGACGCCAUCGCUCCGGCCUACAACAGCUGGACCGACCAGCAGUCCUCCCUGCGCCUCGAGUACCUCGAGAAGCUCAUGGAGAAGCUGCUCGCCGCGAAGCCCCUCGCCGGCCAGAUGUCGCUCGUCCUGGAACUCGGCUGCGGCUGCGGCCAGCCCGUCACCGACAGGCUGCUCACGACGCCCGACGUCUUCGUCACGGCCAACGACAUCUCAAGCGUCCAGAUCGAGAUCGCUAAGGAGAACCUCGCCAAGCACGGCCGCGACCGCGUCACCUUCGUCGAGGGCGACAUGAUGGCGCUCGAGUUCUCCGAGAACUCGUUCGACGCCAUCGUCGGCAUGUACAGUGUCAUCCACCUGCCUCGCGAGGAGCAGAGCGAGAUGAUUCGCCGGCUUGCCAGAUGGCUGAAGCCCGGCGGCUUCCUACUCGUCAACUUUGCGUCCGAGAACAUGCCCGGGGUCGUCAUGGAGAAGUGGCUGCACGAGAAGGGAUGGAUGUACUGGAGCGGCUGGGGUACCGAGGCGACGCUCGAGAAGCUCAAGGAGACUGGGCUGGAAAUCCUCAUCAAGGAUGUCAUUGACGACGAGGUUGAUGCUGAAUUCCUCUGGGUUCUGGCCAAGAAGUGA